UUAGAGCUGAAGCGGCCAGACAAGAAGAAAGAAUAGAGAGAGAGAGAGAGAGAGAGAGGAUGAAGACAACAGAGAAGGAGAUGGGUGGUGUUGGAGGUGUGUCUCCUCCAGAGGUAGCGCUAGGUGACGGGGAGGAGAAGGGACACUCAGGUGUGCGUACAGCUGAGACCUUGCUCCGCCUCCUCCCCAUAGCCCUCUGCGUCACUGCACUGGUGGUCAUGGUGAAGAACUCUGAGGAAAAUGACUUUGGCUCCGCCAUUUACAGCCAUUUCGGAGGCUUCAGGUAUCUGGUCUAUGCAAAUGGAAUUUGUGCAGGCUAUUCGCUUCUUUCAGCUUUCUAUGCAACUGUGCCUCCUGCCUCCAACACUAGGUCUCGGGCCUGGAUUGUUUUCGUCUUGGAUCAAGUGAUGACAUAUGUGAUACUAGCAGCAGGAACAGUGUCUGCAGAGGUGCUCUACUUGGCCUAUAAGGGAGAUGACGAGAUCACUUGGAGUCAAGCUUGUGGAACCUUUGGUGGGUUCUGUCGGAAAGCCACAGCUUCUGUGGCCACCACCUACGUUGCUGUGGCCUGCUAUGCUGGGCUUUCCCUCAUCUCCUCUUAUCGACUCUUCAGCAGCUAUGAUGCUCCCAUCGGCUACCCCAGCAAGGGGGUCCAGAAUGCAGCUUUCCUCCGCUGAUCAUCUUCCCCCAAUUACUCUUCUUAUUUGCAUGUACGAAACUGAUCCUUUUCACUUUUUCAGUACUUAUAAAGUUGUGUUCUCAACUGAUCAGUAUAGCUUAAUGGUCAUCUUAGAGAUCUUUUCUGAUGGAAUAAUGAGAUCCAUCACAA